AUGGAUACCCCUGGCAUUUCGGGUGGAGAGGACGACCCAUCCCACCAGUCGUAUCAGCGCCGAGUUUCGGGCGGAAGGAAAAGUCAGAAUGGAGCCACGCUACGGAAUCUCCAGGCGACUAGCAGGGGUGUCGCGGAAUUUAGUGUCAUCGAAGAGGGUUUGGGUGCUGACGGAAAUAGCAGUGAUGCGAGAAACACUUCUCUUAAGCCAAUGAUCUGCCAAGAAGCUCACACUGCCUAUCACUGGAGUUCCAUGUGGAAGACGCUGUGCUCCGCGGACCUCUUCCGGCGGCUGCCCCGAUUCCAACGGGGUCUCUUGGCAGCAAAGCCGGUUUCAAACGAUGUAUCCACAUCCGAAGCCUCGUGUGGCAGUUUUCUCCGUUGCCACGCGUGGGAUGGUGGUGGAUCCUUGUCAUGCAAAGAUAACCCUGGCUUCAAUAUCUAUUCACAGCACUACACAUCAGGAUUUCUUGAAUAG